UGUUUCAAAAGGUUUGAACACGUUUUGCUCACAGUUACAGCAAAAGCACCUGCUGAAACCAGCUUCUUUGGAGGAAACCUGAGAAGUCUUCAGCUCGUUGGAAAGAAGGCUGGCUACCAGUUCACCAUCUGGAAAGAGUGUGGACUCCCAUCCCUGCGUUCCCUUAAUCUACCUCUCCUCCGUAAACGGAAUUUUAGAAUCACGAUGUUGGGUCUUGUGGGUACCUGAGCCCCAGAAGCCUCUUGACACAAUCAUGGCUGGCUUUCAGCAAAACACUCUGAGGAUUGUCCUGGUGGGGAGAACCGGAAACGGGAAAAGUGCUACAGCAAACACCAUCCUUGGGAGAAGAGAAUGUGAGUCUAGAGUUGCAGCAGAAGCUGUUACCAAGAUCUGUCAUGUAGUACCACGGGAGUGGAAGGGAAGGCCACUUCUUGUUGUUGACACCCCAGGGCUCUUUGACACCAAAGAGAAACUGAUGACCACCUGUAAGGAAAUCAGCCGCUGUGUCAUUGCCUCGAGCCCUGGGCCUCAUGCCAUCAUCCUGGUUUUGCGGCUAGACCGCUACACGGAGGAAGAGCAGAAAACUGUUGCAUUGAUUAAGACCGUCUUUGGGAAGAGAGUCACGAAGCACAUGAUCAUCUUGUUCACUCAUAAGGAUGAUUUGGAGGACCAGAGCCUGAGUGACUUUAUAAAAGCGGCGGACGUGACCCUAAGAAACAUCAUCAUGGAGUGUGGGAACCGCUACUGUGCCUUCAAUAACAGAAGUAAAGACGAGGCUGAGAACGAAGCUCAAGUGCAGGAGCUGGUGGAGCUGAUAGACAGAACGGUGUGGGACAAUGGAAGGACUUACUUUUGUGAGGACAUCUACAAGGACGCAGAGGAAAGGCUGAACCGUCAGGCAGAGGAGUUGAAGAAAAUCUAUGCUGAUCAAUUACAGAAGGAAAUUAAACUAGCAGAGAAGGAAUAUGCUAAUAAACCAAAGGAAGAAAAGGAGGAAAAAAUACAACAGCUAAGGAUGAAAUAUGAUGAACGAAUCAAGAACAUAAGAGAAGAAGCUGGGAAAAAUAUAUUUCAAGUUGUUGUCAAUAGGAUACGUAAUGCGCUUUCAAUACUAUUUUCAUAAGUAAUGUAAAUCUUCUAUCUUGUCUUAGUUUACAAUGAUUUGUUAAUGAGUAGAUUGUCUUUUACAAAAUUGGUUACAACAAUUUCUUAGAUUGUGUUUUCCAAAGGUGGCCACAACAAUAUCUUCUGUCUUACUUCUUCCUCUUACAACCUGAGCUUGUUAUCCUUCUGUCGAGUCCUGGGAUCUGUGCCCCCUACCUAGAAAUCGGAUGCACUUUGUGACUGCUCUGAUAUAAAGAGGAUGGUUCAAGCAACACCACGAGACAGAUAGGGAUGAUGCGUCCUUGCUGUCUUGGGGUGCUUGCCCUUGGAACUUGUGUAGAGACCCAGACCCAGACCCUAGGCUAGGCAAGCUCAUUUUGGAAAGUACCCCCGCCCAGAGGAAUUUUAAAACUCCUGCUUCAGCCAAACAUAACAGAAUGUCCUGUCAAGAAAGUAGAAGAAGAUAAGCUAGCCAUGCUUUAUAGCUCGUUAGAAGAAAAUAAAGUAGCCAUGUUUUAUGGCUCGUUAGAAGAUAAGCUAACGAUGUUUUAUAGUUUGUUAAAAUAAAAUAAACUGUUUUUUUUUUCCUUUUACUCACUAACCACUUUUUUUUUUU